CGGCGUGCCCCAUGUCAGACGCGGCCCUGGACACUAGCUCCGAGAUCACCACCAAGGACUUGAAGGAGAAGAAGGAAGUUGUGGAGGAGGCGGAGAACGGAAGAGAUGCCCCCGCUAACGCGAACGCUGAGGAGGAAAACGGGGAGCAGGAGGUUGAGAACGAGGGAGAGGAAGAGGAAGAAGGCGGGGAGGAGGAGGAAGAGGAGGAAGAGGAGGAAGGCGACGGUGAAGAGGAGGCCGGAGAUGAAGAGGAGGAGGCUGAGGCAGCUAUGGGCAAGCGGGCAGCUGAGGAUGAAGAGGACGAGGGUGUGGACACCAAGAAGCAGGAGACCGGAGAGGAUGACUAGACAGCAAAAAAAAGGAAAAGUUAAGCUUAAGGAAAGGCCGCCAUGACCUAGUCACCCUCCACUUCCCGUCUCAGAAUCUAAACGUGGUCACCUUCGAGUAGAGAGGCCAGCCAGGCCGCCCACCUGCGGGCAGCGCCACCCGCAGAUGACACGCGCUCUCCACCACCCAGCCAAAACCACAACGCCAAUUUGCAACAGAGGAGGAAAAAAGAACCAAAACUUCCAAGGCCCUGCUUUUUUUUCUUUAAAGUACUUUAAAAAGGAAAAUUUGUUUGUAGUUUUUAUUUACAUUUUAUAUUUUUGUACAUAUUGUUAGGGGUCAGCCAUUUUUAAU